AUGAGCAGUCCUCGCAUUGCUAUCCCACGUCAGUAUGGCGGGCAGUUCGGUGCAACAACCGACAGGCGGCGCUCUGACACCCGAAUGCCUCGAUUCUUCAAAAGGCUAUUCAAGUUCCCUCAAAUGGACUUUGAGAUGGCAGUCUGGGAGAUGACGCAUCUGUUAAUUGCACCGAAGAAGGUGUUCAAGUCAAUAUAUUAUCAUAAACAGACACGAAAUACCUGGCAUCGACCGGAUCCGUCAUUUACGUACCUGCUGUCAUUCUUCCUCCUCCUCACUUCAUUUGCAUGGUCCUUAGCGUACACGCCUGCGUUCUCGUCGGUUGUCAAGCUGGCCCUGAUGUUUGUCAUUAUCCACUUUUUAGCGGGAUCACUCUUUAUUUCGACAGUGGCAUACUACGUGGUGGGCCGUUUGCUUGGACCAGGAAUCGCCGGGUUGCCGGGUCGAAGGCGUCAGCAAGGACUGUUUGGUCCACCAGGAGGCACGCGAGGCGCGGAGGUACUGGAAUUCGGCUACUGCUUUGAUGUGUCGAUACGGGCAUUCUUCCCUCCAUACGUUUUGCUCUACAUCGUUCAGUAUAUCCUGAUGCCGGUCAUCAACCAUCAGAAUCGCGCCUCGACCUUCUUCGCCAAUCUUUUAUACCUGGCUGCGGGAGUAUACUGGAGUUUGAUCACUUUCUUGGGGUAUAACGCGCUGCACUUUCUCCAUCAUACCCAAUUCUUGUUGUCGCCUAUGCUGGCCUGGGGUGUGAUAUGGCUCGUCUGUACGAUCUUGGGAAUCAAUCUCACAACUGUGGGAACCAGAUGGUUGUUCUUGGGCGUCAGGGGCUGA